AUGUACUUCUCCUCGCUUCUCCUGGGCCUCGCGGCCACUGCGUCAGCCAUCGACCUCAGGGCCCACCCCAACGACGGCUGCACCGGGAGCUAUUCAGCCUGCGUGAAUCUCAACCCCAACGUCUGCUGCUCCUUCAGCAGCUCUUCAACCAGCGGCAAGGCGACCAUUGCUGUAGUUGCCAUCCCGAGCAACUGGCGCAUUCGCGCUGAGUCUUGGACCGGCGGCGGGUGCCGAUUCACCGGAGGGUCUCUCGACUCUGGCGGUAGCACGACCAUCUGCUUGCCGUACUCGACGCGCGGCGAUCGCACGGGAGGUUCUUACUUCUUCCUCAGCCGCAAGCGCGCCAACGACGAGUCAUGCCCCGCCGAGCAGCCCGGUGCCGGAAAAUGCGAAGCCGUCGUUAAGCCCAACGUUGUCGGCCUCGCGGACGGCACCGAGUACGGCAUCGCCGGCCUGACGGAUGAGAAGAUUCAGGAGUUGAUGCUGACUUGCUUGCCCCGCUUGAAGGAGAAUAUUGCCAACACCGGUGCCGGUGCCGACGCCGUGCCCGCCGAGUUCCAGAUCCUGCGCCGCUAG